AUGGCGGCGGUGGAGCUUCCACAGCCCUCGCUGGACAGCGUCCGGCAGUUCGUCGACGCGUUCCGCCGCGCCGAGAUGCCGCUGGACGUGCUCGUGUGCAACGCCGCCAUCUACCGCCCCACGGCGCGCACACCGACAUUCACCGCUGACGGGCACGAGAUGAGCGUGGGCGUGAACCACCUCUGCCACUUCCUGCUCGCCCGCCUCCUCAUGGAGGACCUUCAGAAGUCCGACUACCCGUCCCGCCGCAUGGUCAUCGUCGGCUCCAUCACCGGCAACAGCAACACGCUGGCAGGCAACAUGCCGCCCAAGGCCAGCCUCGGUGACCUCCGCGGGCUCGCCGGCGGCCUCAGCGGUGCGUCGGGCUCCGCCAUGAUCAACGGGGACGAGAGCUUCGACGGCGCCAAGGCGUACAAAGACAGCAAGGUGUGCAACAUGCUGACCAUGCAGGAGUUCCACCGGCGGUACCACGAGGAGACCGACAUCACCUUCUCCUCGCUCUACCCCGGCUGCAUCGCCACCACGGGGCUAUUCCGGGAGCACAUCCCGCUAUUCCGCACGCUCUUCCCGCCGUUCCAGAAGUUCAUCACGAAGGGGUUCGUCUCGGAGGCGGAGUCCGGCAAGAGGCUGGCACAGGUGGUGGCGGAGCCCAGCCUGACCAAGUCCGGCGUGUACUGGAGCUGGAACAAGGACUCGGCGUCCUUCGAGAACCAGCUCUCCCAGGAGGCCAGCGACCCCGAGAAGGCCCGCAAGGUCUGGGAGCUCAGCGAGAAGCUCGUCGGACUCGCCUGAUCUCCCACCCACCUCCGGCUCCGGCCACGUUCAGGCAAUGCAUGCAUCUAGGACGCCGAUGCCGAACUUGUCGCAUUUUUUAACGUUGGUACUUAUCAUUUUUACGUCUUUUUAGAAACUCAAUUACGCGGGAGAGGCCUUGCGAGUGUCGGCGAGAGUGCAUAGAUCUCGUGUGGAAGAUGUACAAUUUUCGGCGAACCAUGAAUAAUAAAACCGCAGGCCUGAUUGAGGAUGGCA